CCAAACAGCACUAUAAACAGCAGUUCCAAAGUGUCUAUUAAACAAGCAAGACCCCAAAAAAGAAACCGAAAAAAGACAAAAACAAUUAAAGAAUAUUAAAACAUCAUAUAUUCAUAAAGAAUUUGUGAAUUAAGGAAUCAAAAAAUUGUAAGUAGGGUUUUAAUUAAAACAACAAAAAAUUGCAUUAGAUAACGGUUUUCUAGAGUAGUGAAAAAGAGUAAACUGAAAAUCAAGAAAUUUCUAUUUAAAAACCAAUUAACUCGAGAGAAUAUAAAGUAUUCGUUUCAAAUAAUUCAACGAAAUCACACACGCACAGAAAAACGCAGUAUAAUUUUAUAAAAAUAUUGAUUGUUUUUGAGAAACAAGAAAGAAAAAUCGAAAAACAAAGAUGAAAUCUUUUAUUGUUGUUGCUUUGUUGGCUGCUAUUUGCGCCGUAGUAAAAACCGAGGAAGUUUGCCACUCCAAUGUAGUGAGCGCUUGUGCCUCUUCCACACUCUCUGCUAUAACCGGAAUGUUUGCUAGUGAAAGCACUUCUAUUUGUAACUCCCGCUAUGGUGGCAUUGAACACAUCGAACCUGAAGUUCAGGCUUACAUCAACUCCCAUUUGACUAAAUCCUAUGAAUACUUGUUGUUGGCCACCCACUUCAAUUCCUACCAAAAGAAUCGUCCCGGUUUCCAAAAACUGUAUCAAAGUCUCUCUGAUCGUUCAUUCGAUGAUACUAUUGAUAUGAUUAAACAAGUGACCCGUCGUGGUGGCAAGGCUAACUUCAAUGUUGUCCACGAAAGUCCUGCUACUGUCAGCAAGAGCGCUUUACAUUUGGAAGUCGAUGAAUUGCACUCUUUGGCCAUGGCUUUGGAUACUGAGAAACAAUUGUCCAACGGUGCUAUCCAUGUCCACACCCGUUCUCUUCACGCUAACAGCGGUGAACGUGACCCUGAAAUGGCUCAAUACAUGGAAGAGAAAUUCUUGACCAAACAAGCUGCUACCGUACGUAAAUUGUCUGGUUAUGCCAACGAUUUGUCCAAAUUGAUGAACCAACAAGAUCCCUCUUUGGCCGUCUAUUUGUUCGAUGAAUAUUUGCAAAAGCAAUAAAUUUACUUCAAUAUAAAUUAUCAUGAAAUAAUAGCAAACAGCAAAGAGUAACAGAAACAACAACAUCUAUUAACUAGAAAUUAUAUUAGUUGUAACCAACAACACGAACUAAAUUAUCAACUUAAUAAAACAUUUUCCAAAUUUAACUCUUUGUUCAAAUAAAAACGCAUUUUUAGUUUUAUUAUUACAUUUCAAUUAGAUUUUUUGUUUUUUCGUUUUUUUUUUUUUUAUUUAUUUUGCCAGCAAAAUUAUUUGAGUAUUAUAAACAUUAUAAUUUUUCUCUUUUUUCCCAUUUCGUUUAUCUAUGAUUUACCAAUGUUAUACAAAUUAUAAAAUAAAUAAAUAAAAUCUAAAUAUUA